CGUUCAUUUGCCUUCACUUCAUGACUGUUUAUCACCACUUCUGCGACGCCAGGCUAAUGACUUCUGCGGUGCUUUUGAUGUUGUUGGAAAAGAUAUGCAUUUGGCCAAACUACCCCAACCAUGUCCGCGGAGUCGACCGCUCCCUUGAAGUCCGAAAGCGUCGAUGAUGGUGGCGGAUGUGAACACAGGUCGAAGCGGUUUCGCUUCAAAUCCAGAAGGGAGGAUGACCCUCGCAGCGAUGAGGACUUGAGAGGACACAAACGAAGCCGAGGCCACGAGUCGUCGCAUCAAAGUAGAAAACGUCACAAGUCCUCGAGGCAUGCACGGAGCGAGUCACCCUCGCGACAUCACUCGAGCUAUCUCUCUUCAGACCAAGCCUUUCGAGAGUCAUUAUUCGACGCACUUGGGGAUGAUGAAGGAGCUGCGUUCUGGCAAGGCGUCUAUGGACAGCCAAUACACAACUACCCGGACACUUACGAAGACGAAGAGACAGGCCAACUCGAGCGUAUGACCGAAGAAGAGUAUGCACAAUUCGUCCGCCGCAAAAUGUGGGAAAAGAGCUGGGAAGGUAUAGAAGCCGCCCGAGAGGAGCAGAAACGGGAGCGGGAGCGUGAAAAGCAAAAGAGGCGUGAAGAGGAGACAAAGAGUAAUGCGCAAAGCCAGGGGCCAAAAGACGACUACAUUUUCGAUAUUGAGAUCGAAGCCAGCCUUCGCCGAGGUGAGAAGCGAAAAGACCGGAAAAGAUGGCAAGCUUUGUGGCAGGGCUAUCUGGAGCGAUGGGAGGAAUUACAAGGACUUGCCCAGCAUCGUCAGAAGAUGGAUGAAGAUGUUGAGCAGCUCUUCCUCCGCAAUAACAUCGCGUGGCCGGUUGAGUCAGGUAAGCGCAAAGAUGUCGUCAAGGACGAGGUUGAGCGUUUUGUCAAAAGGGGCACGGCCACAGCAGAGAAUGGCGUUGCGAGUCAGGAAUUGUUUGUCAACGCCGUCAAAAGCGAACGCGUAAGGUGGCAUCCAGACAAGAUUCAGCAACGGUACGGGUUCAUGGAUAUCGACGAAAAUACACUCAAAGGGGUCACUGCUGUGUUUCAGAUAUUCGACACAUUGUGGAGCGACCUGCGAAAUAAGGCAGAAUAAGUCUGCGGUUGGCAAUGCUUCCAUAGGUGGUGAAGACGAUGUGUUCAACCUUGUCAGGAAAUGCAGGCUACAAUGACACUCAUACCUUACAAGAAACAAACAUCAACUCUGCACAUUUCCAAGUCCUCUAAUCGCCUGGGCAGGCAAAGCUUCACAAGGUCUUGGCGA